AUGUUGCAACUGAGGGCGGCUCAAACGAGCCUUGCACGCCAGGAAUGGGUACAGGCUCGUAUGGCAAUCGGCUGUGCGCUUCAUUCUGUACAAGAUUUCUAUAGUCAUACGAAUUGGAUUGAAUUGAACAUGAAUGAACCCAAUCGAGAUUUGGCCACUGGCCGUGCUUUGGGCUCCGUAAUCGAUAAAAACGCGAGCGCCUGCAAAAGUUGUGACAGCACGAACCAGGAUUGUAUUCGAAACAAUUUGAUUACCGGGCGUCAGCUAACCAGUGGCUAUUUUUCUUUGGUAUAUCCAUCGCAUAAGCCCACUGGCAAGUGCAGUCAUGGUGGUCUGCUGGAUGCCUCGGUCGGAAAUGACGCAUAUGGUGGAGGGAUCAAUAAGGACAGUUCGACUGCCGCUCAUGGACAGUUGCAUGCUCAAGCAGCAUCUGUUGCCUACACUGCUAGUGUCAAAAUGCUCAACGAACUCUGGACAUCGACGAAUAACGAUGCGUUCGGCAAGUUGCUCGGCCUCUCGAACUCGUUCAGUCUGGUAUUUGUCGUCGAUAUCAGCAGUCGACUGGAGCCCUUGAUCAACAUGAUUCGAAUUCUAACUGAUCCACUCGCGGUCCGGAUACAACAAAUGUUUUUCAAACCAGUCAACUAUAUUCUUUCGCCAUUCAACGGCUCCCAUUGGGGACCUAUUCAUACCGUCACUACAUUUGAUGCCUUUUCCGGCUUGAUCCGAAAAUUGAACGAGACCGAUCUUCAAAAUCCAUCGCAGCACUACUAUCAUGCUUUGAACGAAGCACUUCAAUUGUGCGAAUCAUACUCGUUUGUAUUCAUGUUCACGGAUGCUCCCGGUCACGAUGCCUAUUCACAAGGACGUACUCAGGCAUUAGCCGAACUAAAGCAGGCUAAAAUUGACGUUCUAUUCGUCAAUAGUACGCAGUCGAGAUCCGAGAUAAUCGACGAACUUACCCAAUUUACCAGUAGGAAUGGUGGUCUCUUUAUGACUGUGAACACUACAAGACCGAACACGACCGGAGAAUUUCUCUUUCAUCGUCUUGACGAAGCAUUCGGCUAUGAGUGUGCUCUGUUCGAGCCGAUUUCGAAUGGUCGUCAUGGAACGUUCAUCCUUGAUCAAACAGCAACGUCUCUUCGAGUCAAAGCUGUCUCAUCUAGUUCAUCAUUCGUCUUUAGCUUGAUAAAUCCAGUCGGCUUGCAUUUUACGUCGACUUCUCCCGCCAAUCGUGACUACCUGCAAAUGUUCACGAUCGAUGUAGCUAAUAGAUCGAACGUCGGUGAAUGGACGUACAAUUGCAGUGAAAAUUGCGCUGUUGAGGUCAACGCGCAGAGUGAGUUUCGAUGUCGAACCCAAGUUUAUGCUCCACUAAUCGAUGGCCGAUUUGCUCUCGUCGUGACUCCACCACUGAUCAACCAAAAUGGAGUGUUUGCGAUCACCACUUGCGACGAUUCAAACGAAGUUCUCAACAGUUCAAUUCAAUUGAUCGGCACCAAUCGUGAAUUUUUGACGAAUUAUUCGACAGCAAGGCCGGAUCUGAUCACGCCGAUCACGAUUCCAUCGGAAAGAUUUCGCGUUCGCACUCGUGUUGAACAUCGCGAUGGGACUUUUGUCUAUCGAGACGAACGAGCAGUGAUCGAUACGAGUCAGAUUGUCAUGGUUGUUCAUCAUCAACCAUUGACCGUGAUCAAUAAUCAAAGUCUUAAUGUAUCUUUUACAAUUCGAAAUUAUGCUGCAAUACCGCUGCGGGUUGAAUUGCAUAUCGACGAUGCAUUGACAACUUCACAAGAGUACUCAGUCAAUCAAAGUUCGACGAAAGACGCUGUAAUUACUAUUGAUUCGAGUCGAUAUCGAUCGAUCAAUCAAACGACUCGACUCGCACUACUGGUAUUUGCUCUACAAGCAUUCCAAACCAGUAGGAGUAAUCAGGGUCCUAGUACCGCCGGAGCUCUGUUUCGACACGAACAAAUCGUUCCGUUAUACGUGCAAAGUGCAGCUAUUCAUCUUGAUCCUCCAACGCAUUUUGUUAAUCAGGGUUCGUUUCAGUCCAUUGACAUUUUCAUACCAACGAUGCUCGCCAUCAUUACUCUCGUUAUUCGACGUUGA